UCUUAUACCCAUGGUCUUAGCAAACAGGCCCGGAUUGCGGUGUUCGAUAUAUCUGGACAGCGACGCGAUGCGCCUUUGAGACACCUGGAAUCCCUCGGGAUCACGUCCUCUUAAUCUGCACCCUGGACUCUGUGGAGCUCUCGCCGUCACCAUGUUUGCAACGGCAGUCCGUCGUGCGCCGAGGCCGCUGCGCUGGGCAAGCGCCCAGCCCGGAGCUUUCGUGAGACGGCCAGCGUCCCGGAGGCCAUUCUCCCGCCAGGCCAUGGAGGACCUCGACGCUCACUUCCGCUAUGCAGACCACCGCGCGCCACGCGUCCGCGUCCUCGGUCCCAUCGUCUGGGCUGUCAGCGUCUCUGGGCUCAUCUACCUAGGCUGCGCUGGCUACUCUGUCCACCACGACGUCACCGACUACAAGAAACGGCACCGCACCACUCGCACGCCCACGUUGGCCCAGGUUGACAACGAUUCGGGCUGGUACUGGGCCCCUAAAAAGGCGGACAGCCAGAUGUUGCCAGUGCCGCUCUGGGGCAACCUGUCACCCAUUGGCAAGUCGGUCUACAGCCUCGUCGCCAUCAACGCCGGCCUCUACGGUGCAAGCAGGCUCACACCCACGAUUCCCGCCCGCCUCGCUCACGUGCCAGUUCUCCUGAAAAGCUACACACUAUUCACCUCGACUUUCGUGCACGGCGGCGCUCUGCACUGGGCCUUCAAUGCCUAUGCCACUGUCAUGUUCGGCUUGCAGGUCGGCGAGGGCAAGGUUUUCGCCGGCUCUGGCAGCCACUUCCUGUCCUUCUACUUGUCUGCUGGUACCCUCUCUGGACUCGGCUCGCAUCUCUGGUCAGCACUGCCAUGGCCUCAGCCGAUUACCCGUUUCACACCGACGCUUGGUGCCAGUGGCGCUAUCAUGAGCAUCGUCGGCUCGUGGCUCAUGACCAAUCCGACGAGCCAGAUCGGUAUCAUCUUCGUACCCAUGUCCUGGCAAGCUCAGGACUUCCUCUGGGGCCUGCUUGCAUUCGAGACUCUCGGUGCUUUUGGUGCUCUCAAAUUCCUGCGCUUAGGCAUAAACCAUGCAUCCCAUUUGUGCGGCUUGGGAAUCGGUGCUCUGUAUACCACGUACGAUGGCAAGCAACAUGUCUGGGAGCCUGCGCGGAACAUUUCUUUUGAUAUUAUGCGCAGAGUUGGGCUUGUUUGAGGAAUGAGCUAAUGCAAUCCGGAUUCGCGUGGCUUCAAGGCGAGGCUGCUCUUUUCCGCGUAUCAAAGUAGGUGCUCUCUUACGCCAUACAGAUCGUUAAUAAUGAGCACGAUCCGAUGUGAUCAUGGAUGGAGUGGUGCGAGCACAUAUGAGAACAUGUAUGUAUGAUAACUGUAUAAUGACCAUUCUUGUAUUGUCACUUUUCCAUUCGGGAAAUAUCGCGCCUCGGAUAGAGUUCAGCGCGCGGAGCUGGAAUCUACUUGCUGUUUGCCGGCGAGAGUGCGAGUGCAUGAAGGAGUAGCAAUUUUACAGACGGAAGUAAAUGUCUAGAUACUUAUGGAAGAUGAUGCCGUUGCGUUGUUAGUAAGCCUCGCCGAAGUUAUUCAUAGUCACUUGUUACUCGGCCAUACAAUUAUGCUUGAACGUUAG